AGUUGCUGCAUUCCUCCUCCCCUCCGGACCCGCAUUCCUCGGUUGUCACCUUGGAAGCUUCAGUUGCAUCCUUUCCUGCCUCUCAUACAUUCCUCCCGCAUUGGGCAGCACCUGUUUACUACGGCUCGCCGUCUUCGUCCAUCAGCUACCGCACCGGCCAUUAUAGACUUACUCUCCUGCCCUCUUCCUCCCCAGGACCCAGUCCUGUCAUACUCUGCUUGGUGAGCUCAGUAAUUCCCCGCGGGAUCUGACUCGCCACCAUGCCUUCCACCCUGUGGGAGAGGACAAAAGGUACCUCCAAGAAGGGUUUCGAUAAAGCAUGGCACACUCUCGAUAAGCUGGGCGACCCCGUCAACCGGCUCUCCUACCGGGUCGGCGCAGAGGCCUUUUGGCCCAUGACCCUCGAUAAAGAAAGUGACAAAGCCGCGCGCAUCCUGCGCAGUUUCUGCAAGGAUGGUUUCUACGCCAACGAUGAUGCCGAUCGGCAAAGCACCGACAGCUCCAUCAGCAAGCAAUCCGGCAAGCUGGACCGCCCCAAGGGCAAACAACGGGUCCUGAAGAAGAUCCCGGCUCGGGUCAUCCAGAAAGCCAAAGGUAUCGCCAUCUUUACCACCAUGCGCACUGGUCUCUGGGUCAGUGGCUCGGGUGGCAGUGGCGUGCUCCUGGCGCGCAUCCCCGAAACCAACGAAUGGAGUCCGCCCUCUGGUAUCAUGCUUCACACCGCCGGCAUCGGCUUCCUGGCAGGCGUGGAUAUCUACGACUGUGUCGUGGUCAUCAACACCUAUGAGGCUUUGGAGGCCUUCAAGAAGGUGCGAUGCACAUUGGGCGGAGAAGUCAGUGCAGCGGCCGGUCCCGUUGGCAUGGGAGGCGUCCUCGACUCGGAGGUGCACAAGCGGCAAGCCCCCAUCUGGACCUAUAUGAAGAGCCGUGGCCUGUACGCUGGUGUCCAAGUGGAUGGCACCAUCAUCAUCGAGCGUAGCGAUGAGAACGAGCGCUUUUAUGGCGAGCGCAUAUCGGUCACUGACAUCCUCGCGGGCAAGGCCAGGCAUCCUCCUGCAGCGAUCCAGACCCUCCUCAACACCGUCAAGGCGGCUGAGGGCAACACGAAUGUGGAUGAGAAGCUGCUUCCUCCGGGCGAAACCCCAGGGGAUGUUGAUCUCGGGGCUGUACCCUCGUUUGGUAUUCCUGAUCCGGAGGAUCCCGACCCAUUUGGGGUCAAGGCUCUGGAAGCCGAGGGUCUCUUCAUUCGCGAGGCUGGAUCGAAAAGCAGACCGUCCCAGGAAGUUUUCGAGUUCAAGCCGAGUCCUAACAGCCCCGUCUAUUCAACCUUCCGACGGAGUACUGAUAGUUCACCACGCAACAGCUGGCGAGCGAGCGUGCAGAGUUACGCCAGUAUGGACCGAGGCACCCAAACCGAUGACGGCCCAACUACUGCCCCGACCUCCAUCAGCCGUGCCUCUUCCCGGAGCUACCGGGACGUGUCGGAUCGUGCUGAAACCAGUCCGUGGGACAGCGAGGAGAAUCGCUGGGAUACCGUGAUCCCCGAACAGGACGAGUACCGCGUCCAGAAUGACAUGGACGACGCGGGGGAUGUGGUGGAUGACGAUGUGGAGGUGCACGAAGUCAGCAGCGCUACUGUCUCGAAGCGCGAGAGUGCCGCCCAUUCCCCCGUCGCGGCCGAAGACUCCACUAUCCCCCCGGAGCUCAAACGCCAGUCUCCUACCUUUACCCGUGCCCGGCUGGUGACGAUCCCUAAGCGACUCCCCCCGGCUCUGCCGCCAAGGAACCCCCAGCGGACGCCGGUUUCCUUCUCGAGCUCGACCCCCAACUCACCCACCUCUAUCCCUUUCUCUCACAGCCGCCGACGAUCGGUCGCGUCGAGCCCUGGACAUACCUACGGUUUCACGGAGGUGCCUCUCUAUCACAAGAGCAAUGAUUCAGACAGUGACUUGUCGGAGUCGUCGAACAAGCUGUCUCCCGACCGGGAAGAAUUCCACUCCGUGUCCAGUGUACACGACUCGGACGUGGCAUCCGAGAUUGAGGUCAAGGGACACGAUGCGGAGAGUCGUCACGAUUCAUCUGACGAGAGCACCACCACCCGCAUCCGUGAGACCGAGGACUGGCCUCUGACCAACUCGGACCUCGAGCUGGUGCCCACGAAAACCAUCACUGCUGACGAAGAUGUCCAAACCCAUGCUGCAGUACACCCCCAAGCUGCGUGAACUGUGCCACUCUUGAUGGCAGUCUCUUCUCCUUGUAUAUAUUCCUUCUGGCAUAUUCUUCAUGGUCCCGUUGCACAUGGCUUGUUUAUUCCGUGUUUCGGCUGUUAUGUAUGCUGAGAGUCUCAACUCUCCUGCUUUCUGUGUGAUUGUAAUGUUAGCCUUAGCGUGCUGGUUUUGGUUUGGACAUGGGCAUGGAUACCUGGCGUCUCGGUUUGUAUACUGGGAUGAUGGUACAGAUGCGAUGCAUGGCUUGUUUGUUAAUAUAUCCCGCGUGGUUUUUCUUAUGCUAGUCAGAACGAGGUGCAUUUUCUGUGGUAAUAUCCAA